AAAUCAGCACGACUUUUAAAGUUCUUGUCUAUAAAAAAUUGAUAAAUUAAAUUAAUUUGAAGGAUUCAAAACGAAUUAAAGUAAUAUUUAAAGAUUACAAGAAUCAGUGAAGAUGGGAAAGUCUAAAAAUAAGAAGUUAAAAAAUGAAAUAGUAUUCGAUAAUAAGGAACGAGAAGAAUUUUUGAAAGGAUUUAGUAAGCGUAAGAAGUUACGACAGAAAAAGGCUAAAGAGGAAAUAGAAAUUAAGUUGAAGGAAGAGCGGAAAAGAAUCAAAGAUGAAUCAAAAAAUUUAAAGGAUACAUUUAAGCAGUCAUUCAAACCAAUAGAAGAAUUGGAAGGGGUUGUGAUUCAAGAAGUUGAAGAUGUAACUAUUCAUAUCAGCAAGCCAAAAGAGGAUAAGAAAUUCAUUGGAUUAAAGAAAUUUAAAGAAUCUGAUGAUGAAAAUAAUAGCGAUGAAAGUGAAAAAGCUCAAGAUGACAAUAAAAUUUCGGGAAUGGAGGUAGAAGAUAAGACAGCCAAAUCGGGUGACAAUGAAAGGGAAUUACCAAAACACUUAAAAGAUAUAAAAUCUGAAAAGGAUUUCAAAAAAUUGAUUAAGAAACAAACAAAAACGGCCUUAAAAAAGAGUAAAAUUAUACAAAAGAAAAAUCAGCUUAAUAGUAAAAGAAAUGUGAAACUUUCGAAUCGCAAGAAACAUUUUAAGGAGAAGUUUUUGAAAAAACAUAAGAAAAUUCCGAAACAUAAUAAUAAAACUAAAUGAUUAUGCUGUCAUUACUACAAUUUCCUUUGCAUUUUCAUCAUCUUCGAUCGUUUCCUCUAAACACUCUUCAAAUAUAAUUUUUGUUUCAUCUUUGAACUUCUCAUUCUUCAUUACUAUCUCGAAGCUUAUAUCUGGAUGAUGCUUCUCUAAGUGCUUUUUGAGAUGAAUUUUUUGUGUAAAAGGCCUUUGGCAUUCUUCGCAACGAUAUUUCUUAACUGGAUCAUGAAUUAAUUUAUGCUUUCCCAAAUCACUAGCAUUUGUAAAUCCUUUCUCACAGAAAUCGCAGACAUAAUUCUUCUCUUGAGUGUGCGACCUAAUGUGUUUAAGUAUCGAUUUUUUUUUUGUUAUAAAAUAAUUUAAGAGAAAUAAAUGAAAUAUGAUACAUACCUAAUAUGAAUUUUUAAUGAG